AUUUUAUUAUUAUAAUCUAGACAAAUGUCUCAUAAAAUCACAUUUUAAACGACAAUCAAUUCACAAAAAGGAUGAGUUGGUUUAAUCAGUUUGAUGCCUCUGGUUUUGCAAGUCUCGCAAAAACAGCUCUUAAAGAAGCGCAAAAGACUAUUGAUAAAGCUUUGGACAUUAAAGAUGAAGAGGAAUGUGAUGAAGUACCACAAGAGUCAGAAACUCCAAAAGAUACAGAUAAUCAAGAUACUCAAAAAAAGAUAUCUAAAUUGGGUUCAAGUUUGUGGAGUUCAUUUACCAACUCAGUAUUUGAAAAUGAAGAUGAUGUGGCUGACAAACAAAGUGAAAUGAAGCAAAGCAUGUCAUUAGAUUUAUCUAAAUCAUCUGUAGAAAAUGAUUUAAUUGUGGCAAAUCAACCAGGUAGAUCUACAGGACAAUCGCCAUCCACCCAAGAAGAACAAUUUAAUGUCAUUGAAAUUGAUUCAGAAUUAAACACUGAUGUGGUUCGGAGAACAAAGAGUACAAGUUCUAACAAUACUAAUCGUCUUUCUGCUGUCAGCUGUGAUAGUGAUCGUAAAUCUACAGUAUCAACUGAUAGUGUUGAAGUUCUUGGAUCAACAUCAACUACUACUCCCGAGUCAUCAUCUGUAGAAGUCAUAACAUCAAGUUCAGUUGAAGUUUUGGCUGUUAUCACUGAACCAAAUAGGGCAAAUGAUAGACAAUAUUCUCCAGAUACAAUAGAGCCGAUUCCGGAAUUAAUUGAAGAUGAUGAUAGUCUUACUUGCUCAAUAUCAGAUAAUGUAACAUGUAUGGCUAACGAAGACAGUUUAUUACCACAACAUGGAGGAAURUUAUUGCUAAAAUCUACCACCUCAUCUUUAGAUACUUCUUUUACCGAAUUAUCAUCACCUCACGAAAAUUCUGGGGCAUUAGAUAUACUAGAAGAAGAGUCUAUUGAACCAAAUUCUAAUAGAAAUAGUGUUAUACUACAAGCAAAUUACAUAGAAAGCUUAGACAGUUUAAAGAAUGUCCAAAAUAGUAUGAAUAUUAUAAAUACAUUAAACACCAGUAACUCAUCAAUAGAUUUGUUAAAAGUAUCUGAUACUACUUUAGAAAGCAGCAGUUGUGAUGAUGAAACCAUGGUUGGUAGUACACUAGAUGCAACAUCUGYGAAUGAAGAAUGUGAUCCAUCGCCACAAGCUUCUAUAGAUAAUCAUUCAGAUUUCGUAAAAAUUGGUUCAAGCGAAACAAAUUCUUGUGAUGAACUUGAAACAUGGACUUCAUCUGAUAUAGAAGUAAUAUCUAGUCCUGCAACUAAUGAUGACAGUGAAAGUAAUGCAUCUCAUCGACAUAGUCCAGUAAAGUAUCAUCCAGAUCAUAUACCUUCAUUUUUGUCUGGACUACAACAUGGACCAAAAGACUUCGAAGAUCUUUUAAAAAAAAUUGUUGAAUUGAACUCUACGGUUAAAUCCAGAGAGUCAAAAUUAAUUGAUUUAAGUAAAAAGAAUGCUGAAUUAGCAGCGAAUAAUUCAGAAAUGAAAAGCCAAUUAGAUUAUUUAAAUUCAAGUAACUUAAAUGAAGAAUACACUCAAAGAUUAGCAACAAUGGAGAAAAAAUUCCAACAAGCAAUUCGAGAAAAAGAUCAGUUACAAAAACAACUUGAUCAGAAUAAAAAUGCUGUCCAAUUUAAAGUUCUUAUUGAAGAUAAAGAUUCUCUAAUUAAAGAACUGAGGGAUGAAGGAGAAAAAUUGAGUAAACAGCAUCUUAAUUUAAAUAAUAUAAUAAAAAAACUUCGAGUAGCUGAAAAAGAAUCAUUGAAAACUAUAAAUAAAUAUAAAGACCAACAAGAAAAGCUAUCUCAAGAAGUUGAAAGAAUAAAAAAAUCAUUAGUUGCAAAAGAAGAGAUGGAAAGAAGUCAAAUUGAAGCUAUUCAUCAGCUAACAAAAUCUAAUCAAAAUUUUGAAAAAGAAAAUAUAAAUUUAGAGAGCCAAGUUGAUAAUUUAACAUCAACUUUAAUAUCUCUUCAAAAGUAA